UCUCUCUCUCUCUCUCUCUCUCUUCUUCAAUAAGAGUCUUUUCGUCUUCUUGAUUGCAGGUGAAGGUAAUGCUGAAGGUGUCGCCGGGGGAAGGUGGAAGUUUCUUCAACGCCGAUAAGAGAAAGAAACAGGUGACGUUGGUGGAUCCCACGGCCGGCCAAUCUUCUUCGGCGGACGAUCGCAGGCCGACCGUGGCGGCACCGAAGAUGUUCGCCUUCGACGCGAUAUUCACCGAGGAGGAUUCCCAGACCGAGAUCUGCUCGAGCGCACUGACGGACGUGAUCCACGCGGUCAUCAACGGAACGGACGGCUGCCUGUUCUGCUUCGGGCACGCGGGAUUAGGGAAGUCUCACACGAUGCUGGGCACGCCGGAAGCGGGCCACACUCUGGGAGCGAUCCCCUGCGCGAUCGCCUGGCUGUUUCGAGGAAUAUCCGAGCAGAGACAGAGGACGGGAGCCAGAUUCAGCGUCAGGGUCAGUUGCGUGGAAUUAACCACCGGUCAACAGCAGCUCAGGGAUCUUCUCGCGGCUCACGCUAACGAUUCGGAGCAGUCGCCGGCCGUGUACUUGAGGGACGACCCACUGUUCGGUAGCCUGCAGCUGCAGCAGCACAGCGAGCUUCGUGCACCGACCGCGGAACGUGCCGCCUUCUAUUUGGACGCGGCGGUCGCGGGCCGGCAACGGGAGGACGGCGACGCGCACAUGCUCUACACCCUCCACGUUUAUCAGUACAGCGUCGCGGGCAAGGGUGGAGUUGCCGGAGGGAGGAGCAGGCUCCACCUGAUGGACCUGGGCAAUUCGGAUCGCGGCAAGUCGUCGGGCGGGAUCCCAUUGUCCGGGCUCGGGAACAUCCUGUUGGCGAUCUUCAACGGGCAGAAGCAUCUGCCGUACAAGGAGCACAAGCUGACCCAAUUGCUGAAGGAGUGCCUCGGCUCGUUGACGUGCCACGCAGCGAUGAUCGCCCACGUGUCCCCGAACGCCCAACACUACACGGAGACGUUGACCACGGUCCAACUCGCGUCCCGGAUUCACCGGAUGAGGCGGAGGAAUAAAGUUCGUGGCGGGGGUGCGCAGGGUGGGGGGAGCGGGGGGAGCUCGGGGGAGGAGGCGGCCAGGCAGAACAGCGAGUGCGACCCGAGCUCGAGCGACCUGUCGGCGGACACGGUGAUCUACGUGGGGCCGAGCACCGACGACGCAACCGACGGGGAGCAUCCCCCCGUCUACAUACCCAGCCUCAACUCCGGGGACAAUCGUUGCGCGAUGGGAAGGGUGUUGAGGGGGUCGGCGGCCGAGAGGCCUUGCAAGAUACCGGAGGAGAGGAGCCCGGUCCACAAGUCGGCCAAGGCGGUGAAAACGUUGACGCAGACGGCCUCGAAGCAGACGUCCCCGGCCCACACGGCCACCCCGAAGGCGAGCCCCGCGAGGAAGAGCUCGUCGACCAAGAUCCUGCUCCCCUCGUCCAAGGUGAACGACUCGCCCGGGAGCAAGAUCCCAGUGGCGGCUGCGAGCGGUGGCUCGGACGAGCAGUGGAUAGACGGGCCGAGGAUCUCCAAGUCGAAGGUGGCCGAGGCGAGGCACAUGCUCAAGGAUCAUGCCCACCACAAGAGGGAGACGUGGAUCGACGGGCCGAUGCAAUUGACCGGCCCGCCCACCUUGCAACUGCACGCCCAGCAACAUUCCUCCGGCUACGGGUUCAUGGACAGCCACAAGAAGAGCAUGAUCAGGAAAUGGGUGGAGAAUCAGGCGUCGCAGAUUCAGAAGAGCAGGCACGCAGCGGCGAGGAUCGAGGCGUCCAAGGCUGGCCAGCAAUCUGUCGUGUCGCAGUUCAAGGAGUUGACCACGUUCAAGACGUGCUCGGGCAUGGACGACGACGACACCUCGUUGUCCACGGUGGAGAGCGACAGUUUGAAGGCGAACGAGAUCGAGGACAUUACCGAGAAACUGGGCGCCAAGCUGAACCUUCUCAACGUCAAGUCGAACACGGAUUCGGGCCUGGAUCUGACCGCGAGCCCCGUAAUGGACGACAGCGUGGACAAAGGGAAGUUGGAUCUCCAGGAGGACGAGGACGACGACGAGGAGAUCGUGGUUCCGCCGCCGUUGCCUCUCAUCGAGCCGCUCAGCAACGGAGUGAGCAGGGAGGUCUCGAUGGAGAGCCUGAACUUGUCGCACAAGGACAUCGUGUUGCCCUCCAGGCAUUCCCUGUCCUCCGAGGACGAGAUCUUGGAGAUCGUCGAGGUCGAGGAUCUGGAACCCGUCCCCAUGCAGGACUCGUGCCUCCAGGUGACCGAGGAGGACAUCGCGUUGUGCAUGGGAGAGAAUCCUUUGCCCGAGAGCGAUCAGGAGGAACAUCCUUUGAGAAUUCUCAGCCAGGAGAAUCUUACCGUCGUAUCCACCUUUACCGACUCGAUGUCGGUGAUGUCGGACACGGAACGGUACAGACCGCAGUAUCCGCCUCCGGUCGGCGCAGGUGUCCUGCCCAGGCCGUAUUUCGACCACGAGGACUUUCUCGAGCAAGAGACCAGGCACAAGUUCGACCAAUUGGCCCGGCUCCACGAGCUCUACCAAAGCAAACUGGCGCUCGCCAACGUUUCCAACUCGGUCACGUAUCAAAGGGAGAACUCCUCGAACGCGAACGUCAGAGAAACUCCAUCCGCCCCCGUCUUCCGUCCGCCGUCGCGAUGUCAAUCCCUGUCCCUAUCGGACGUGAUGUUCAACGACAACGCGAGCAACCACGGCAGCAUCUACAGCGAGCCGGCGUACAUCGCCGGCAAAUCCGAUCAGGAGAAGAUAUGCGACAAUUGUCGGCAGAGCAUGACGAGGCCGGCCACGGCCUCUUACUGGUACCCGAACAGCGUGGCGCACAUAGCCAGCCCGAGAAGGUACUGCGGCAAACUGGGCGAUUGCAACAUCUCGAGCCUGAGGCAUCCGGACGGGGCCUCGAAUCCCAAUCUGAAGGAGGAGGUGGAGAGGUUGCCGGGGAACGGGGCCUCCGGCUCGGAUCCGGAGGAGGAGUACGUCGAGGCGAAGAAAUUGUUCACGGCGGCGGAGAGGUCCGGUGAGAGAACGGUGACCGGCAAGUCGGACAUCGAGGAGGAUCUGAACAGCAAGAUUCAAGCAACGGCACCGCUCCAAUUGUCCAUCCCGUCACCGGCUCCAUCCUCGGGCCGAAUGCAGCGUAAAAUUACGAGUCUCGGCUCCUCGAUGGGUUUGAACAAGGAGGGGUACGAUUCUGGCGCGGACUCGACGCCACGGGCAGCGAAACUCUCGCCAGCCACUCUGUCCAGGCAUCGUGCCGAAAGUUCUGGCUACGACAGCAUCGUCAGGGACAGCGAGACCAGCAGCAUCGCCAGCGAUUCGUCCAGGCAUACGGGGGCGCUUCAAGAGCACCAAGCGGUGGAACAGCGGGUGGCAGAGUGCGGGCUUCGGUCACGGGGCCAGUGCCGGGCCCAUCUGCCACGACCGCCAUCCGCGGCCCCGGGGAUACUCGCUUACACAAGCGAGGACGUGGACAUCCUGGACAGGCGCGCGCGGUUGCGCUCGGAUCCACGUGGCACGAUGUCCAGGAUACACAACCUGCGACUACGGCAGCGCCUUCUUAGGCUCGAGCUGCGCGACGCUAAAAGGCGCCUCAUGGUGCCCGAUUCACGCUGGACCUACGAUCUUCACGUAGAGGACAGUAUGGACUGGCGAGAUCCGUCGUUCCUGGAAGCGCUCGAGGCCGAGACGUGCAUCCUGCAGAAGCGGGUGCACGCGUGCAAGAGUCACGUCCUGUUGAUCACCUGCUUCGACUCCUGCCCGCGGCAAUCGAGACAGGCGGAAACAUCAACGGGGAUCCGGAUCACCUAACCUAGAUUUGGAUCAGCGCGCGCGACAGCGUGCUGAUCGUCAAUCGCAGUGUGAACGAUUAGAGGGAACGAACGAGACGAGCGAGGUCGGUGAUGGGAGGAGAAUGGAGGAUUUUUUUGUCACGAUGUCGCUCGACUCCGUCCAAUAGUUGUUAAAUGACAACAUGUUUAGGUCGUGUAUCGUGAUCGUCGUCGCCAUUGUUGCGCACGUCUAAAUAAAUCGUUCGUAAGGAAGCCUUCAUUCCCUUGUGCCGAGCUGGAUAUAAGCGUCGUUCGCGUCCAAGCCGUGAAUUUGUCUCACCUUUUCUCGGAUCGAGCAAAUUCCUUCCCUCCUUUGCGUCUCGCGAAGGCGUAUGCCGAGACGCAUACUUGUUGACACUGAAAUGAUUUAGCGUACGAGUUGGUGUUGCAUUUUUUAUAUCGUCGACCACUCGACUCUCGUGGGGAAAAUUCACCGUUUCUGCUCUUCGAAUUCGAAAUCGAUCGUAUCGUCGAAGGAAAUACGAUGUUUCGAGAUUGGAUGAUAACGAUGCUCUGAUUUGCCGAUUUAGUGGGCCAAGCUUCGAGAACAGCGCCAAUGCGUAGUAGAGCAAGUAAUUUCACGUCGAAGAAUCGUGUCGUGCGUGCUUGAUCGAUCGAGUAUCGAAUUCCUCUUGAA